AUGCCUCCAAAGGAUAAGCUGUCCGACGCCAUGGUGAGCGUGGUUGGGUUUUCCGGGGAAACACAAAAACUGCCAGUUACAAAGCCCCUGGUCACAGCCGUGGGGGGACAGACUUUCGCACAUCCGUUUGUAUGUUCCCCCUGUGUACAUAUCAGCCUAUUAGGACGAGAUCUGCUUAUGAAACUACAUGCCUCCAUCCUGUGUAGCACCGACGGCCUCACUGUGACUUUGCCCAAUGGACGUACCCAGCCCUGCCUGUCACAUACGGCUGGACAGGGUCAAUGGCUUUUGAAAUCAACUGAACCAGAGUAUGCUGACAUUUACUGGGGACUGUUGCCCGACGACCCUCCAGGUGACAGCAGUCUUCUGGACACCUAUAACGCCUGGAAACCUUGGAUCACCCACCUUGCGCCCUAUGCUCCUCCCCCCGACCCGCCACAUCUCACUCUGUUUUACGAUAGGGAUGGUGACGAUUGCUACCAACAAGAAUUUGACGACAUACAGGGCAAUCAAUGGGAGGCCUGGUUGACUGACCUUUAUGUGGCUCCGGAGGGGGUGGCGGCUGCUGCAUCCCUUAUGGAGUCACAAUUGGUGUGGUAUAGGAUGGGGGACGAGGCGGUACCACACGUGUCGCUGGCCCUCCAUCCUGACCAUCAGGCCAAAGACUUGGGUCCCAUGGCUAAAACAGCCACGUCAGCGAGUGACUGGCAACGCUCUCAACUUCCGGGCGUCUUCUUCUCCCCCACUACUAACAUAUGGAAGAUUUCCCAUUCUUCCCUAGAAACAGUGACGCUGUGUCAUGAACAAAUUGGUAGGAGCCAUAGCAGGGAGAAAACGAAUCACCCCAUAGCACAAGCCCUUAUCGACAACCUACCAGACUCGUUAUGGUCAUCUGGACCAACGGAUGUGGCGUUGGUCGAUUGUACCCCUAUCUCCUUCACUCUGAACACUGACUGUCCCAUUUGGAUACCUCAGUACCCACGGAAGGCUGAAGCGGAGGAAGGCAUUGCUGAGACCAUUCAGGGCCUAUUGGCAUCUGGGGUUCUCGAGCCCUCCACUUCAGCCUGGAAUACGCCCAUCCUGCCGGUAGAAAAACCCGGUAUAGGUAAAUACCGCAUGGCUCAUGAUUUACGAUCCAUAAACAAUGUCCUGCUGACCCCUACCAUUCCUGUCCCCAAUCCAUAUACGGCUCUGAACGCCCUGGACCCCCAACAGAAGUGGUUCACCUGUAUAGAUUUAGCUAAUGCUUUUUUCUGCCUUCCCUUGGCCGACCACCUACGUGAUGUUUUCUCUUUUACAUUUCGUGGCCGUCAGUUCCGGUACACACAUGUGCCGCAAGGGUUUGCUAACUCGCCCGGCCUUUUCAAUCAGGUUCUCAAAGACAUCCUGUCUGACUGCCCCUUUCCCCCGGAUUGCACUUUGGUACAGUACGUUGACGACCUGUUGCUUGCAGCGCCUAGCCCCAGCUCUUGCGCAUUGGCCACCGACCAGGUUCUCCGCCAUUUGUCUACCGCUGGGUUUAAAGUCAGCAAAACCAAACUUCAGGCUAUUAGGACGCAAGUCUCUUUUCUUGGCAGGGUCAUUUCUCAAAAAGGGGCGGCGAUAUCGGCGGCCCACAGAACUAACAUCCUCCGCCACCCCAAACUGUUGAAAGUCAAGGACAUGCUAUCUUUCUUGGGUUUAACUGGGUACAGCAGACAUUACAUCCCCAAUUAUGUUGGGCUAACGACACCUCUCCACCACAUGGUCAGAACAUGUGGCAUGCGCAAUCUCAAUGCGCACCUCCCUUGGUCCAUGGAAGCCGAGCACUGCUUCACUGAGUUGAAGCAAUUGCUCGCCCAAAGUGCCGAACUAGCUAUUCCAGAUCAUACCCUGCCAUUCUUUUUAGAUGUUUCUGAAACAGAAGGUGUGGUAAAUGGCAUUCUGUUCCAGAAAAAAGGGGGUGAACGAAAGGUGUUGACAUACGCUAGCAUUAUGCUAGACGCAAUGGAAAAACGACACCCCCCAUAUACACAACACGCAGCAGGAAUAGCAAAAAUUUUGCUAAAAACAGCACACAUAGUCAUGGGACACCCCCUUACAGUAUUAACAACACACAGCGUGGUGGCAUAUGUGAAUUCACAAAGAUUUACCAUGACUCCACUGCGGCAGCAACGAAUAACCAAGGUGCUAGAAGCCCCGAAUGUCACGUUUAUACAUGAAGGGAUCAACAUGGCAGACAGAAUGGGAAGAGGAGAACCACACGAGUGUGUGCGUAGAAUAGAGCAGGAAGAGAAGGUUAGGCCUGAUCUAGAGGCCCAGGCUAUACCAGGGACAGAAACAUUGUAUACAGACGGGUGCUGCUAUAGAAAUGAAGAGACAGGCCUCCAGGCAGGAUACGCAGUGGUGAGACAAACAGAGGAGGGAUUUGAGACAGUAAUAGCCAAAAGAAUGGAGGCCCAGUUGUCAGCCCAGCGGGCAGAGAUCAAGGCACUUAUAGCAGCUCUGGAAUGGAGCAGGGGAAAGGAGGUAACCAUUUAUUCAGAUUCUGCCUAUGCUGUGGGGGCAGUGCAUAUUUAAAUUCCCCAAUGGAAAAGAGUAGGGUUCCUUAUGGCAGGGGGGAAACCGAUCAGACACGAACAAGAGAUGAAAGAACUACUGGAGGCAAUACAGUUGCCCCAGAAGGUGGCCAUAGUAAAAUGUAAGGGUCACGAUCCCACCAACACCCCGGUGGUGAAGGGAAAUCAGGAGGCGGACCGGGUAGCCAAACAAGUGACAGGGUACAGGGUAUCCUAUCAACUAAUAGUGUAUGAAGAUGAGGUGUUGAGGGCCAAAUGGGAUCAUGAAACGAUCAAAUACUUUCAGGGGGAAGCAGGCAUCCACGAGAAAGCAGUAUGGGUUCAACGGGGAGCCACAGAAGUAGAGGGCCUGUGGCGGAGCCCAGACAGGAGAGUGGUCCUACCCCCGGGAAUAAGAAAAAGGGCGUUACAAGAGGCCCAUAGGGUAGGUCAUGUAGGAACCGCUCAGAUGAAUAGAAACCUCUGCCACUGGUGGCACCCGUUUUUGUCUGACAUGACCAAGUAUCACGUUAAAAGUUGUCCGAUAUGCACGCACUAUAACCCAAAAAAUACGAUAAAGCCAGAAAUGGGAAGUUUUCCGCUAGUCCUGUGCCCUGGUCAGGAGAUUGUCUUAGACUACACCGAUAUGGGUGAAUCCGGAAAAGUGAAGGGAUAUCAAUAUCUAUUGGUAUGUGUAGACCAGUUGACUGGAUGGCCCGAGGCACGGCCGGCAAAAAAGGAAGACAGUGCGACGGUCAUCAAAUGCCUAAUUAACUAUUACAUCCCAAGACAUGGGUUUCCAGCUAAAAUAAGGACAGAUAACGGCACCCACUUUAAAAAUUCAGACCUGCAGAAAGUGGAAGCCAUGUUAGGAUUGAAGCACUCCUUCGGAACCGUGUACCACCCACAGUCACAAGGUAAGGUAGAAAGGAUGAACCAAAACCUCAAACAAAAACUAGCUAAGAUCUGCGCGCAGACAAAAAUGAAUUGGGUGGAUGCCUUACCUUUGGCACUUAUGACAAUAAGGUCCUCCGUAAACCAAGGAACGGGAUUCACACUGUAUGAAUUAAUGACAGGCAGACAGUUUCCGGGGCCGGGAGCGGCUCCCCAAGAUGAGAUGGGGAACCGGGGAAUGAAUGCCGGAAAAUGCUUUAAGGAAUUACAAGCUCUUGUUUCAGAAUUUUCCCAACAAGUGGGCGAGAAGCAGACACUUCCAACAGGGACGACCCUGCCAACGGCCAAGUGGGUCCUCCUGCGAGUCAUUAAGAGGAAGUGGUCGGAACCCAGGUGGACAGGACCAUACGAGGUAACGGAAAGGACCUCACACGUGGUGAGGCUGAAAGGGAAGGGGACCACCUGGUAUCACUGGAGCCAGUGUGCGGCAGCCGAGGAACCAGGUAGAACCCUGCAAGACAUACAGGAUGAUCUACAAGAAGCGUCCACCUCUUCGGGUGGACUCGAAAGUUCACCGACCCUCCCUGAAGCCGACACUGUUAGCAGAAGUCAGGGUGAAAGUGCUGGUAACCUCUCCCCUAGGUCAUAG